AUGUUUCAAUUUCCACCCUUGAUCAUCGGCCUUCUUGCCGUCUAUGUGCCAAGCUGGUGUUACAACCUAUGGAACACUGAAGCCUACGAUGUUAUCGCAGAUGAAAUCGACAUCAUCGCCCGAGGCUCGGAUCUGGACCGGCACAGGUCAGAUGACGGUCCCGGAGAUGAAGUCAAGGAGCUGGAUGUUGAGGAAACUCUCAUCAUCACGAAGAAAGACCCGGAAGUAUGGAAGACGAUAUUGACCGGCCUGCCAAGUCCUUCGAGCAUCUUUUGGAGCGUAGUCACCUUAGCAAUCAACGUGGCGUUGGCCGCCAUGGUUGCGGACUUCGUCUGGCGUGGUACUUUCUUCCAUCAAGCGCACGAUCUCUCCAUGGCUAGGGUGGGCUACGUGUCAGACACGACCGCUAAAGUCCUCAUACGGGAGCCGGAUGCCAGCAAGUACCCUGUCUCCGUUUCGUAUCGGUACGCAGAUAGACCGAUGGCUGGCGUGAAGACGGAUACGGCUUGGAAGACGGCAGGGAGCAUUGACUGGUUAGACUCUCGGACCGACUUCACUGGCACUCUGGAGAUCAGCAGACUGAGGUCCGACUCGCGGUAUCAGUGGGUCGCGAGCAACAACCAUACUGGCUCGUUCACGACCGCACCGAGAACGGGCUAUACUUCCACAAGACGGGAAUCGGCUGGGCUGUUCACUUUCCUGCAUUCCUCCUGCCUGAAGAACAACUUCCCGUACAACCCUCUCAGCCACACACUGUCUAACCCAGGGCUCCGCUAUCUGGGCGAAACCCUCCACACCCUAAAGGCCCAGUUCAUGCUGUUCCUGGGCGACUUCAUCUACAUCGAUGUCCCACGUCGGCACGGUAGCUCGGUGGAAGACUACCGGCGCGAAUACCGUCAGAUAUACGCCAGCCCCGAUUGGCCGGCGGCCACCAAGGAUCUGCCCUGGAUACACGUCUAUGAUGACCAUGAGGUCGCCAAUGAUUGGGACAGAAACACCACCGGGUUCUUCUCUGCCGCAUACGAUCCGUAUCAGCAUUACCACGUUUCCGCAAACCCGCCUGUUGUGCGGCCGGGCGAGAGCUACUUCAGCUUCACUCAAGGCCCAGCUACGUUCUUCAUGUUGGAUACCCGCCGCUACCGCUCACCGAAUGAUGAGACUAAUGGCACGGACGCCGUCACUGGCGAUCCGACCAAGAGCAUGCUUGGCGCGCAACAACGCGCUGAUCUGCUCGCAUGGCUUAACCGUGAUGAGCUGCCAGGCGUGAAGUGGAAGAUUGUCGUGAGCAGCAUCCCGUUUACGAAGAAUUGGUGGUUUGGCGCACAGGAUACAUGGAGAGGCUACCUGGGCGAACGCCAAGUAAUACUGGAGGCUAUGUGGGAUGUUGGGCUCCGAGGCGGCGUAGGCGUGAUCAUAUUAAGCGGCGACCGCCACGAGUUUGCCGCGACCGCAUUCCCGCCGCCACCGGACGGCAAGGAGGAGAUCGUCGGUCUUGGGCCCAUCGGCCUCGGCGCCAGUCCCUUCGCCAUGGUGCCGGACGCCACCUCUGCCCUCCGCACCCAUCGGAAACGCUGGCCUCUUUCAGCUACGGUCCACGAGUUCUCCUGCUCACCCUUAAAUAUGUUCUACUUGCCAAUCCGCACUUACACCGAAUCAUCGACGAGUGACGACUACGUGAGCGACGUAUGCGUCAAGUACGUACCGGACGGCAACAGCAAAUUCGGCGCCGUCAGUAUCAGUAACCCUGCGACGAGCGAACAGAGCGUACUGCAUUACCGCUUGUUCGUGGAUGGGGCGGAGCGCUGGAGUUACACGUUGACGACGCCACCAGAAGUCCGAGGAGGGGCGCGCAGUAAGGAUGCAAUCUGGGGCUAA